AAACAAAAAACCCAUUUUAGAGUUGAACAGGCCGGAGCUGAAUUAGGAAAAAAAUCUUAAUACCCAGCGCAAAUUACCUUUCAUUGAUGAUUUAUGCCAGUCAGCAAAUGUGAUCAUCUUCUGCUCCAAUUCUAGGGCAAUGGUAGAUUUUCAAGACAGUGAAGCAUAGCCCAUGCGAAACGCAGGCUCUGCAUUCUAAAGCUUCAUAUUGUGCAGGUUCGACUGAAGAAUUUCAAAUUGAGGAAGUUGGUGUUCAGAAUUUGAGUGUGCGAUAUGGACGACAAGGCAGCACCGUUUUUUUGGUUGGAAGAACACAGCGGGAAGCUACCUACUGCUGCCAGUUUGAAAAGAAAAGUAAGAUCGAAGAAACUGGAGUUUGUUGGUUGGGGAUCAAAACCACUGAUUGAAUUUCUUGAAUCAAUUGGUAAAGACACCGCCAAACAAAUCUCUCAACAUGAUGUUACUGACAUCAUACGCAAAUAUGUUAAUGAUAAUAACCUUCUUCACCCGGCAAAGAAGAAGAGAAUCCUUUGUGACGAGAGGCUUUAUUCUAUCUUUGGAAGGAAAGCAAUUGGUCGAAUGAAAGUCUAUGACUUGCUUGAGACACACUAUGCUGAAAACCAAGACGCAUGGAGUGACGGCUUUUCAUCUAUGUCAGACGAGGACGCUGUUGGUGAAGAACAGAAAAGCGUGAUUUCUGAGAGAAAAGCUUACCAGAGGAAAAAGGUCAUUGAAACACCAAAAAGCUGCUUCGCUGCGAUAGUUCAGGAGAAUAUAAAGCUGGUUUAUUUGAAAAAGAGUUUAGUUCAGGAUCUUUUGAAAGAUUCUGAAAGCUUUGAAGCUAAAGUGGUAGGUAGCUUUGUGAGGAUCAAAUCAGACCCCAAUUACUACCUUCAGCAAAACUCUCAUCAGCUUGUGCUAGUUAAAGGGCUGAAGAAGGCCUCUGGGAACAAUGAUAUAAACACAGACAUUCUUCUCCAGGUUUCAAAUUUUGUGAAAGAUGUUAACCUUUCCAUGCUUUCAGAUGAUAAUUUCUCUCAGGAAGAAUGUGAGGAUUUGCAUCAGAGAGUGAAAAAUGGAUUGCUGAAGAGAUUAACUAUUGUGGAACUUGAAGCAAAGGCUCGAAUUUUGCAUGAAGAUAUAACCAAGCACUGGCUUUCAGCAGAGAUUACCUUGUUACAAAAGCUCAUUGAUCGUGCCAAUGAAAAGGGAUGGCGCAGAGAAUUGUUUGAGUACAUGGAGAGAAGAGAGCUGCUUAUGACUCCAGAGGAACAGUCACGACUAUUGCUUGAGGUUCCAAAUGUUAUUUCAGAAGAAAUAGAAAUUGAAACUGCACCACAAGAUUUUCCAGAUGAUAAACAGGAAUAUGAUAGCUCACUGGUAUCAACUCUCAAGGGAACUUCAGAUAUUCCUAGUGAUACAGCUUUAGGUGGAAAAUUGUCAACCAUGAUGCCUUCAACCAUAGAAGAAAUGGGACUUGAAACUGCACCACAAGAUUUUCCGGAUGAUAAACAGGAAAGUGAUAGCUCACUGGUAUCAACUCUCAAUGGAACUUCAGCUAUUCCUAGUGAUACAGCUUUGGAUGGAAAAGUGUCAGCCUUGAUGCCUUCAACCAUAGAUAAUCAGCAUGAUGUUCAUGAACAGCCAAAGCGACCAAGCGACAGUAAUUAUGCGAGAGCACAGCUUGUGGAUGUACCAGUGAAGGAUGAUUACAUUGAGAAACGAAGCUUUGUAAAUAUGUCAAAUACUCAAGUGAUUGAUUUGAGUGAUGAUGAUGAGGAUUCAAAUGGAGUUCAGGCACUUGAUGGUGUCAAUAGCCUGAUAUGGCAUUAUUCAGACCCUCGGGGAUAUGAACAGGGCCCUUUCUCCCUCAAAUCACUAAAAGGUUGGAAGGAUGCUCACUACUUCCCACCAGAUUUUAAGGUUUGGAAGACAGGUCAGAGCAAACAUAAAGCUGUAUUGUUGACUGACAUACUUCACCGGAUGUUUCCCAUCUAAUUGUUGAAUAUUGUACAUAGCGGUCAAUAUUUUGAACUACAUGGGCAAGAAUCAGGUUUUUUGAAACUGCAAGUAGGCCCUUUAGGUUGUGAGGAUUAAAAUUUUGUCAUACCAAAUAAACACCAAUCCUCUCAAAUUUCAAGUAAUGUUACGGCAUGGUUGGUCAGAGAAAUCUCUGUUCCUUUUGGAUUUCUCCAUUAGAUUUCUUUGUUAAAACCCAGAUAGAUGAAUAGAUAGGCAUUGAAGGCAAGAAAUGUCCAAUGUUCAUCAUCUGGGCCAAGCCCCAGAUAGCCACUUUCUCAAGAAAUAGCAUUUGUAGAUGAUUUUUUUCUUUUUUAGAAUUGAGGGAGAGGUGAUUUGAAUUUUACUUUUAAUGUAAAGAAAUUAUGUACUAAUCAAUAAGUUAUAUACUCCGA